AUGGAUGUUAUUAAACAACUGACUUAUGGUUUAAAUUUGAAAAGUUCUUUGAAAAAUGGUGAUUUGAUGAGUUUGAAAGAAGAAAAUUUAAAACCUUUAAAAAAUAUAUUAAAUAUAAAAAAAGAAAACGAAUCAAAUGAAGAUGAAAAAAAGAAAAAAAUUGUGCAAAGUUGUGAGGGAAUAAAAUAUUCUCAAUUUUAUGAUGACGUAAAUUUGAUUAAUAGUUAUAUGAAAGUUAAUGAAAUAAAUGUUGAGUAUGAAAAUAUAAAUAGGAAUAUUGUUCCCAUUCGCUUUUUUCAUGAUAUUAUACAAUAUUUAAAAAUAAUAAAUAAUGAAAGAGAUGAUGAAAAAGAAGAUGAGAAAAUGAGUAAUAUAAAUAAAUUAAAUCAUAACAUCAAGACUUAUAGUGACAAUGGUAAUCAAAACAAUAAGGAACAGGACAUGGAAGAAAAUAAGAUAAAUACUCUUACAAACGAACAAAAUGAAAUUAUUUCAAAUAAAGAAAAAGAAAAAACAAAUAAUGAUAAAUCAAAUAAUAACAAUUAUAUAAUAAAUAAAGAAUAUGAAAAAUUGUUAAGUACUAUAAAAAAUACAUUAUAUUUUAAAAAACCGACAUGUAUCCAAAAAAUAUGUAUACCAUCUAUAUUAAAUGAUUAUAAUACUAUAUGUAUAUCUCAAACAGGUAGUGGAAAAACAUGCUCAUUCUUAAUUCCUUUGUUAAUUAAAUUGAAUAAUAUCUAUUUGGAAAAACAUGAAAGAAAAAAUAAUAAUAAUAAUAAUAAUAAUAACAACAACAACAACAACAACAACAACAAUAAUAAUAAUAAUAAUAAAAAUAAUAAUAAUAACAAUUUAGAUAAUAUAUCUGAUAAAAAUGAUCUAAAUGAAAAUUUGAUUUUUAUAAAAAGUUUAAUUAUAGUACCAACAAAUGAAUUGGCUUGUCAAAUUUAUGAACAAGCCUUAUUAUUAUUUGAAAGUUAUAAACAUAUUAAUAUAAUUCAUCUUAAUAAAUUAAAUGAUUUUAUCGAAAAUAAUGCAAUUGAUAUAUGUGUAUGUACACCUAUGAUAUUAUUAAAUAUGAUACAUGAAAAGGGAGAAAAAGCAGAAAAAAUAGAAGGAAAAAAAAAAAAAGUAAGUUUAAAAAAAUGUUUUUUUAUUGUUUUUGACGAAGUUGAUAAAUUAUUUGAAAUAAAAUUUUUGGAACAAGUUAAUACAUUAUUAAAAGAAAUUCAAAAUAGAAAAAUUCAAAAAAUUUUUACUACAGCAACAUUACCAGGAAAUAUUAAAAAUUUUAUAAGUACAUUAUGUCCAAAUUAUACAGUAGUAUAUUUUGGGAAAAAUAUUAAUACAAUAAAUAAUAAUAUAAAACAAGAAUUAUUAUAUGUAAAUAAUGAAGAAGAGAAACUAUUAGUAUUAAAUAAUCUAAUUAAAAAUAAAGAAAUACAUAUACCGGUAUUAAUAUUUGUAGAUAGUAUAAUAAAAGCAAAUAUGAUAUAUACCAACUUGCAUAAAUCUGUAUCAUAUAUUGCUUUGUUAACAUCAGAAAAAUCAAAAGAAGAAAGAAAAAUUAUUUUUCAAAAAUUUCAACAAGGACAUAUAUGGUAUCUUAUAUGUACUGAUAUAUUAAGUAGGGGUAUAGAUAUCAAAGGUAUUGAAACUGUUAUUAAUUAUGAUGUUUGUUAUGACAAAUAUAAUUAUAUGCAUAGAAUAGGAAGAGCUUGUAGAUCGGAUAGAAAAGAAGGAAAAGCCAUCACCUUCUUUACGACAGAGAAUAUUAAAUAUAUGAAAGAAAUUAUUAAAUUUGUUAAAAGUAGUGGUACAAACAUACCAUCCUACUUGGAAAAUUUCCAGUUCAAAAAAACACCGAAGUAUAAUUUUGCAAAAUAUAAUAAAAAGAGUAAAAAGAGUAAAAAGAAUAAAAAGAAAAAUAAAAUAAAAAGUAAUAAUAAUAAAGGAACAAAGAAACCGAUAAAAAGGGCAAUUAUUAAGAACAGUAAAGAGAAGACGAAAAAAAAAAUAAAUAAAUAA